AUGGAUUUGGGAUUAGUAGUAGUGCAAGCAGCAGCAACAGCAACAGCAGCAACAGCAGCAGCAGCAGCAGCAACAGCAGCGACAGCAGCAGCAGCAGCAGCAGCGGCAGCAGUAGCGGUAGGAGGAGGAGCAGCAGCAGCAGCAGCAGAAACAGCAGCAGAACAGCAGCAACAAAAACAGAAGGAAAUGGAAUUGGGAUUAGUAGUAGUGCAAGCAGCAGCAGCAGCAGCAGCAGCAGCAGCAACAGCAGCAGCAGCAACAGCAGCGACAGCAGCAGCAGCAGCAGCAGAAGCGUAA